AUGUUUACAAAUAAAGAUAACUUUGCAAUAUAUCUAAAAAUUCAAGAAGUACGAUCAAUUUACUCUAAUUUUAAAUCGAGUGUUCUAGUUUAACUCGAAAAACUCGAAAAUUAAAUAGAAACUAUAAUUUAUGAGCUUUCUCAAAGGGAUGAACUUGAUUCAAUUUGUCAAAAUAUUAUUGAAAAUGAUAAUUCUACACUAAAUGAUGAUGAAGUGCAAGAGAUAGCUCAAAUUUGGAAUAAAAUUUCCUAUCAGAAAAACAAUGAAUAUUUCCCAAGGUUUAGUGAUCAAUUAGUGACAAGGAUUUAAAAGACUUUGAAAUUAUGGGAAUAAUAAAUUUAAGAGACAUUAUAAAUGGAUCUUAGAAUCAUCCCGAUAUAUUCAUAAUCCUUAUACAAAUUUGAUCUUACUAACAAAUUUCAAAGCAUAUAAAUAAAUGAAGAAAUUAUGAUUGAAUAAACUCAAAGUUAAACUCAUUAUUGCUUUGCUCUAACUGAUUAAUAACUGAAUUCAAUAGAAACUAGUACAAUAUAAUUCAGGUUUCCAAAAUUUGUAGGCGAUAUUGGAGUUGGAAUUUGUGAUUUAUAGAUUUUAAAAACAAAAAAUUUUAGACCUUAGUUGAAUUAAGUUAACAAUGGAGCUUUUGUUUGCUUUUAAGAUUCAUACACUAUAAAUACAGAACAAGAUGAAUAUAAUUGGAAGACCAAAGGUUUUAAAUUCGGUGAAAGAGAUGUUAUUUAAGUGACUUAUGAGCCAACCAUCAAAAGAGUCACUUGGAUAAAAGUUUAAAAACCUGAAGAAGGUUAUUCAGUAGUAUUACUAAAUGAUAAAAGGGAAUUGUAUUUUUGUUGUAUUGUUAAAACGUUAGGAGCUAAAGUAGAAAUAGUCGGGAAAUGA